AUGCAGAGCGUAUUUCAGCUCGCUGCGGUGCACGGCAUGCUGUACACCGGCGGCAACGUCGCCUUCGCACCUGAUGGCACGCAGCUCUACUCCCCCGUCAACAACUAUCUCUCCGCUGUGCAGCUGCAGCAGGCCGGUCACCUUUCGCUCUCCUGCAGCAACAGUACCGUGAGCUGCUUCGAUCUGUCCCCGGACGGCGACCUAGCGAUCGUGGUCGGCCAGCGCGGGUUGGGUUUCUUCUACUCCAUCUCCGCCCGCGUGGUGCUCGACACGCUUUCCUUCCCGCCGAACUGCACCAUCGCCGCCGUGAAGUUUAGCCCGUGCGGGAAGUACGUCGCGGUGGCGCUUGAGGCGACCCUGCAGGUCUACACCGCCCCAGCGAAGCGCGUCGUCAGCUUCCACGGCUGUCAUCGCAUCGAGCAGCUCCACGCCGUUCUCACGCGCCCCAUCACAAACCUCGACUGGACGGCCGACAGCGCGCACCUUCUCCUCUGCGGGCAGGACGCUCGCAUGAAGAUCGUGCCGCGGCAGGGUAAGCAGCAUCAGAAGGGUAUGGCGCUGCAGCAGAACGCGCUGAUCGGGCACCGCAGCGCCGUACUCGGGGCGUGGUUCACGAACGACGACGGGAGCGAGGUGGUGAGCGUGGCGGCGGACAACGUCGUCGUGACGUGGCACCGUGCUGCGAUUACCCGGCGGGAGGUGCUGCAGGCGAUCGCCACCGCGCAGCUGCAGGCACGCGUAGGCGAGGACAACAACGCAGAGGCGAGCGACAACGUCGAGGAUCGUGAUGACACCGCGGAAGAGGACGCCCCGUCACCCAGGAGUUUCCUGGAGCGGCAGCGGCUAGAGCAGCUGCGCCUCGAAGGGGUGCGGGUGUCCGUCGCGGACGACUCCUACCUGCCCCCCAUUCUCCGCCACGCCUACGAGGUGAAGGAUAAGUUCAUGCUCGCGCACAAAGGCAGCGUGUCCGUCACGGCCUUUCACAAGCCUCGUGGCCUGCUCGCCAUUGGCUACAGCAGCGGCAUCUUUGCCAUUCACACGCUGCCCGAGGCAAAGGGCGGGGAGCUGGCUUUGGUGCAUCUCCUCUCCAUCUCUGCGCAGUCGUUGACGGCGGCGGCCUUCUCACCGAAUGGAGACUGGGUGGCCUUCGGCAGCGCUCACCUGAAGCAGCUGCUGGUGUGGGACUGGAAGGCAGAGGCCUACGUUCUAAAGGAGCAGGCCCACUACUACGACAUCGCCUGUGCGGCCAUCACGGCCGAUAGCACGAACAUCAUCUCCGGCGGGGAUGAGGGGAAGGUAAAGGUGUGGAAGGUAGCCUCGGGGCAGUGCUUUGCGACGUUCACGGAGCACACCGGGCCAAUUACAGGUAUCAGCACCAGCGCCAGCACAAACGCCUUCUUCACGAGCAGUCUAGACGGCACGGCGCGUGGCUACGACCUGGUGCGCUACCGCCAGUUCCGCGUCUUCAGUCCAGCGGAGCAGACGCAGCUGUCCUGCAUCGCCGUCGACCCGUCGGGCGAAGUGCUCGCCACCGGCAGCAGCCAAAUGAACAAGAUCUUCCUUUUUUCGGUGCAGACGGGCAAACUUAUCGACGUGCUGCAAGGCCACGAGGCACCGAUCACCUGCGUCGCCUUCCACCCAUCCGGCACCAGCCUCACCUCCGGCAGCAUGGACCACAACAUCGUCUUCUGGGAUCUCUUUAACCAAAACGACAGCGGGGAGCGGCUGAAGGGCGAUGGCGAGGUGCUGGACAUUGGCACGGAGGUGCUGUGCGUCACCUACAGCAGCAGCGGUCGGCGCAUGGCGGUGCUGACGGCGAAGCAGGAGAUCUCCGUCUACGAGACCACCGUGGCGAACGAGCCACAGCUGAUCAAGACCUUCCUCACCGCCUUUGACGCAGCGGGUGGAUGGAGGAAGGAAGUGGGACCGAACAGUGCGAACUAUAACACGCACUUUACACGCAUCAGCUUUUCCCCGGAAGGCGAGAAGCUGUUGGCGGGCGGGGACUCGAAGUGGCUCGUGCUCUACCACGCCACACAAGGCUACGUCCUUAAGAAGUGGCCCAUCACAACCAACCUCGACGUGCAAGGGGCGGAGGAGCAGUAUCAGUGGCGCAACGCGACAGAGGCUGGAUUUCUGGACGACAUCGACGUGGACGACGACGACAUCCACCUGACGCGCCGCAAACUGCUGGAGAUGCCCGGCAGUCGUCACCGCCACUUCGCGACCGGGAAGCGCAAGACGGAGCUAAAGGCGCGGGCGAUGGAUGUGGCGUUUGCCGCGACGGGGUCAGAGUUCAUCGCGGCCACCACCGACGGCUUGCUACUCUUUUCCAUGCGUGUGUCGCGUCCACGCUUCCAGCCGCUGCAGCUCUCAGCACAGGUGACCACCGCAGAGGUGCGGCAGCAGCUGGAGAGCGGGCAGCCGGUGCUGGCGCUGAUCGGCGCGUUGAACCUCGGCGAUAACGCGCUGGGCGUGGAGUGCCUGCGCCGGAUGCCGCACGACGCGAUCCCGGUCGCCGUCACGGCCGUCCCCUCCGCUCUCUUUCCGCUGUUUAUGCGGUGGGUGAGCGAGGAGAUCGAACAGUGUCGUGGGCUGGAGCACGUCCUCCUGUGGGCACAGUCCCUCCUCCUGCACUCGAAUGAAGCGUUUGGCGGAGUGGCAGCACAGCAGGACCCGCGGGUGCUGCCGGCGCUCAAGACGCUGCAGCGUAGUUUGUACCAGCACCGUCUGCUGACGCAGCUGUCGAGGGAGAAUUACUUCUCCGUGAAGUACCUCGCCGAUGCGACCCGCAUGAGCACCUCCACGUUGGAACCUUUUGAGGAUGCCGCGAAGGAGACGUGA